CGAGGCUCAAAGCCACGUGAAGCUUCGCCAAAGGGGCUUCGGACCUGAACAACCGAAAGAAAACAACCAAUUUCUCGUCAUUACUCUGGCUUAGAUUUGCUCCUAUUUUGUCCUUUUUAAUACAUUGCAGUAUCCAUAAUGUUCCGAAGUGCGGUUGCAGGGCGUCUAUUGGCGGCCACACGGUCAAUUGGCGGGGCUCGUGCCUUUAGCUCAACUCCUGCCGCACAGGUGGCCGCCGAAGUCAACAGUAUAGGAGUCAUCGGUGCCGGGCAGAUGGUAAGGACAGUUGAUUAAUAGCAGCUUUACCUUUACAAUUAGUACGUUUCAUCGCUAAUACCUACUCUGCAUAGGGAUUGGGAAUUGCCUUGGUUGCCGCGCAGAAGGCAAACAUCCCGGUCACUCUGGUUGACAACUCCCAAGCUUCCCUAGACAAAGGACUCAAAUUCGCCGAGAAACUGCUUGCCAAGGAUGUUGCAAAAGAGCGCAUUACACAAGAAAAUGCCGAUAAAGUCCGCUCGAUGCUCACCCCUACCACAAAGCUCGAAGAUCUCUCAAGCUCCGACUUCAUUAUUGAGGCUGUGCCCGAAAUCCCAGAUCUUAAGACCUCUAUUUUCUCCAAGCUCGUUAAUAUUGCCCCAGCCCACGCCAUCCUUGCCACCAACACUUCCUCCAUCUCGAUCACUCGAAUUGCCGCAGCAACCACCGAGGAUCCCAAGGAUCUUUCUGGCCCAUCCCGAGUUAUUUCCACUCACUUCAUGAACCCAGUUCCCGUUCAAAAAGGUGUCGAGAUCAUCACUGGACUGCAGACUUCUCAAGAUACCAUUGACACAUCUCUUGAGCUGAUGAAGCGUAUGGGUAAAAUUGCCGCCCGAUCCACAGACUCCCCUGGCUUUUUGGCCAAUCGUAUCCUCAUGCCUUAUAUCAAUGAGGCAAUCAGCUGCUUAGAAAAUGGAAUUGGUACUAGAGAAGAUAUUGACAGCAUCAUGAAAUAUGGAACUAACGUCCCCAUGGGUCCAUUGACUCUUGCCGAUUUCAUUGGUAUUGACACCUGCUUGGCCAUCAUGAACGUUCUACAUCAGGAGACUGGGGACAGCAAGUACAGACCUGCUGGUCUGUUAAAGAGAAUGGUUGAUGCCGGCUGGGUGGGAAAGAAGGCUGGAAAGGGUUUUUACGAUUAUUGAUUAGGGAUUAAAUGCCGUCACAUCAGUCAAGUGGUGGUGCGAAGCAGCUGUUGGAGUUUGUAAUUUAUAAUGACAAUAAAUACUCCAUGCUAUAUACAAGUCAGAUUAGGGAGAAAAUAGAACCUUAGUGAAAGUAUUCAAUAUAUAUUUGCCAUUUUUGAUACAGUAGGUCUAAAAUCGGAUUUCGCUAAGAAUGAUUCUUUGAGGGCUUAACAGUAUGACGUACCGUGGACAAGCGAAUAUUGGCGAAGACAAUUCUUCAGAGUAGAAGGCAACUGUAGACUGGAGAAAGAGAUAGCAUAAGCUAAUGAGGUAUAGCAUGACGGUAUAUGUACAAAAACAAAAUUGCGCAUCAAUUCACAAACCCCCUCCAGCCAAAGACACCAGGUCUAGCCCCCUGAAUAUUUAUCGAUACACAAAC